AUGGAUGAGAAGAAGUAUUUAAGUGGUAGUGGUGGUUCGUUGAAUACUAUCUACAUAGACACUCUUCUCUCUCUCUCUCUCUCUCUCUCUCUAAGCUCUGUUAUUGGUGCCUUGAUAGUGCCAAUAACACAAUCAUCAAGAUUAGGAGAAGAGAGUGAAUUGUGGACUGAAAGAGAUGUAGAAAUUCUACUCCUUCGAAAUAGGGGUAUUGAAAGUGAACAAAGAGAAGAAGCAAUCAUUGAUACCAUCAAAAAUCUGGCCAAGCCAUUAUUUGCUGCAUUUAAACAAGUUUCUAAAUUUGGAUUAAAAGAAUUGGUUGAUGUUACUCAAGGUGUUAUCGAUGGUUAUGAAACUAGAGCCAAUCCAUCAAUGGCAAAGAAAUGUAUUAAUGAUACCAAAAUAGCAAGAGAUCUAAUUGGUACUGUUCUAACAGAGAAUGCAACCAUUACCCAACUUGCCAUUAGAAAUAUUCUAAGAAUACCUGGAAUGGUCCAAUUAGCCGCCAAUAUCACCGUUCAUUGUAGAUUGGAUCAAUUGGUUGGUAAAAUUGCUGCUUUGGCUGUAGAGGUUGCUUCUGCAUUUGCAAAUGGUGGUGCAUCCCUUGCAUUAAAAGAAGGACCUGUACUUUUGUUUAAUGGUCCUACUUUAAUUAAAGAUAUAUUGAAUAUGACAGUUGCAGUAACUAAAUUAAACUUUUAUGGUGUUGGAUUUGCUGCUGGUGAUAUCAUUGCUAUUCUUUUAUAA